AUGGUUCGACCGGUGAACCACUUCUCGGAAAUCGAGGGGAAGGAGAAACGGGGAAUAAAAUAUGAAAUCAGUAGAUCGUGGUGGUGGUGGUCGUGGGGAAAUCAAGGGGAAAAGGGACCCAAGGAUCAGAGAGUGAGAAAGUUGGAGAUAAGAGAGGAUGUCAAGAGAGGAGACACGGGUGAUGUCAAAGGAACAGUGGAUGGAGCAGAAAUGGUGGUGGUGAGGAACCAAGCAAAAGGGAGAGAGAAGACCGAGAAGGAAGAGAAAGAAGAGGACGGGAGAGGUGAGGAGAAGAGGAAGAAGACCUUAGAGACUAGAGGGAGAAGAGAAGCUCUGCGGCACGGCAGGCUUGCGUCGUCGUCGUCAGAUCCAAUUGAAGAUGGGGACGAUCUGACCAUGCAAUCGACUCCUCCGACUAGUGACGGGGGUUGCCUCGGAGCUGAACAGAUUAAUCCCGGACUAGAUACUUACUUUGUUACUAGAGUCGAGUCUUGA